AAACAUCUCUAUCUCUCGGACAUUAAUCCACAACCAUCAAAUUUGUAUCUGCACAGCCACCCGUCUGCAUGAUCCCCAGACACAGCAGGCUUCAGCACCCAGCUGUUGGAUUAUAGCCACGGCACUAUCUCAUCGGGGAAGGCGUGUCACUCCCCCCCGAAUUACUCAGCGCCCCUUUGUCCUCGGUCGGUGCCCAGCCAGCGACACUCAUGGCGGCUGCACCCAUCAGGCAGCGCUCCGGGCCAGGGGGACCCCGGGCGCAGCUCCCGCCCUGCUAUUAUGAAGGAUACCUGGAGAAGCGAGGACCGAAAGAAAAGGCAUCCAGGCGACUAUGGACCUGCCUGUGUGGGAAUUCUUUGUAUUUCUUCAAUAAUGCCAAGGACGCUCAUUAUGUGGAGAGGCUGGACCUCGGUGGGUUUGUGUCCCUGAAGGACGACUGCAGUCGUGACAGGAACCUGGAGGCAGCCAGGCUCAUCCUGCGCAUGAAGGAUGGGGAGACCAAACUCACAGCACCUAACUUGGAAUCAAGGGAGCUGUGGAAAGGUUUCCUCUACUCCGUUAUAGAUCUGAAUGUCCCGUCCUGUCUCACGUUGCUGCCUGGCCAGCUGCAGAUGCUGAGGGAGGUUGUGGACAAAGAGAGGUCCAGGCGGAGAACUCGCACUCCCACGCGUGCUCCUCCGUCCCCCCUCUCUGUGCCUUUAGUGGGAGAGAUCCCACCGUGUUUUCGACCGGUGUCUCGAACAGAGGCUGAAGUCCUUUUAGAGAGACACCCAGACUGUGGCAACAUGUUGCUCCGACCGGGGAGAGACGGCUGCUCGCUGGCUGUCACUACUCGGCAGGACCUCAAUGGGUCAGUGUUCAGACAUUAUCGUGUGACCCAGAGGGACCAAGGUGGUUAUGUCAUUGAUGUAGAAAAUCCUAUUCCCUGUGCUGACCUUCAUGAGGUCAUCGACGCUCUGGUGGAGAAGACAGCAGGAGCUCUACAGCCAUUCCUACUGGAGGAGCCUUAUGAAGAGAAUAUAACGUACGUUUCAGCCAAUGAUGAGAACGGAGAAAGGAUCCUUCACACUGCCCCCUCUAGCCCCCUGCCAAGGGCUCCCGCCCUGCCUCCAAAACAAGAUCGUUGGCCUAGCAGCCCUCUGUCCAGGUCUCCUGCGCCUGACCGCCGUAUCCUGACCUCACCAGUGCCGGCCUCGCCCACCAACCCAAUGAGACGACUCAUCCUCUCCCCAUCACCUCUUACACAGACACUCAACGAGGAGCUCAAAAUGAAGCUGGAAAAGAGACGAGCCAGUCAGGAGUGACUUACUCAUAAGGAACAACUUCCUGUCACAGCAUACUCAAUCUCAAUCAGUGCCAAACCCCGUCUCACCGCAGCUAUGUAUUCAUCCUGUGCCUUCUAGGUGGAAGACAAGGGACAACAAAUAUCGCCACUUUCUCAUAGGGAGAUACAAAAUAUUCAGAUUUUCACUCUUUUGGUCUUUGCUACAUGGUUGUGGACUUUGUGGAAAUGGACUGGUAAACACUGGAUUAGGUUCAUUAAACCUCAUUGAAUGCUGCCUUGGUUGGGGUAACAAUUCACUAGUGCUUUGUCCACUUGUGUAAAGUUGUUUACAAACUGACUCUGAGCAAAAAAAAAAAAAAAAAAAAAAAAAAAGAUGCCAAAUGAUUUUCCUUUAGAAUAAAGUCCACAAAAACAACAAAUCAAUACAACUGGCAGCUAAGAUCUAUUGGAGAUGCACAAACACGUGCCGGACCACCAACUGAGCCUGAUGUUUUCCAGUCUGAGCGUCCUCCCCGUCCGACCGAGCUGCUAAUGUUACUGUUGCAACACUGUAGACUAAAGAACAAACAAAUCACAGACUCUGAAGAUCAACACCAGAGCGACCACCUCUGACCUGAGGCACUUUAUCUGUUCUAAAAGUGAAUUUGCAGUUCAAGUUGCUGCUCAGCAUUUCUCUCCAUUCACCUCAUUACAUGAAACAUGAGUGGAAAAAAAACCCUAAAAACUGUAAACUGCACAAUCUCUGCCUGCUGCUCUCCGAGUGCUAUUUGUAAUUGAUAAGCAACCAUUAAUGUAUCGCUGAUUCAAUGACACUGUUGUGGCUCAUGUAUGACUCAACUUUAACUGUACUGUUGGUGCUUGUUAUUUUAAAAAAGUGUUUCCUCUUUCUCUGCUACUGUGUACGUGUUGGUGCUAUGACUCACCAGUGCUCAGAUCUGCCUGGAAACUCCAGGUGAUUUCUGUUCCUCUUCAAGAAACCCAAUCUGCUGUAUUUACAUGUGACGCUGCCCUCUAGUGGAAUGGCUGUCAACUAAAGUGACAGAAACAUUAGGAGGGUGAAGCCUUUGGGUGUUAACACAAUGACUAAACACUUGGCAUAAACCUGUUUAUGUUGCAGACCGAACCUGAAAUACCGUUGGCUAUAUCACAGUAUUACACCACACCCUACCUCCCUACCUUUAAUAACAAACUCAUGAUUUAUUAUUACAGAUCUGAAGUCUCAACAACAACAACAAGUAUUUUUACGUGGGAAUUUUUUUGGACCUUUUGCCAGUCCUUGCAGAUUUGAAGUGUCUGAGUACUAGUAACAAACUGUGAUCUUCUUACAAUGAGCGGAUUCUUGUAUGUUUGUACAUGACGUGUUGUGUCUACUUGAUCACUAUCAAAGAAUAGUGUUUGUUAGAUAUCAAGGGCAUUAAAUCAUUUUGCAUGGAUGUGAUGUGUCCUUGUUGUAAAUGAAUUGUGCACUAUUUAUUUUAUUGUUUGUGUUUCCUAAGUGUCAGGCUGUUAGGACCCAGUCAUUGAAUGAUGAUUGAUGAAACUGAAUAAGGACAUUAGAUAAUGAUUAGUUAUUAGAUAAUGUCGGAAUUAAUCAAUACUGUGAAUGAUUAGAGAUGAUGCUGGACAAUCUGUCCUGUUUUUUUAAAUAUGACCCAUAAUCAAGUCUUGUUAAUGUUUACCACAGAAAGAUGGAAAGAAAUUUUUGACUUUUUUUUUUAGUUCCCUCUUGUCCUUUUUCCUUCAUUCAUCAUCAUCUUACAUUACAAACACUUAAAUACAUUUAUUAAGAAUCAAGUAUUUCUCCAUGUUCAGAUUAGAUCAUUUUUGAAACAAGGACAUGUGUUUUGUGUUUUUUUUUAUUUAUUUGGUGGCCUUUCCUCUACCACUCAGUGGAAACUUGGGUCCAAUUUAAAAAAAAAAAAAAAAAAAAAA